AUGAUAUACGGGGCAGACCAUGGCCUAAAGCAAUGUAAUGAGAAGUCAUUCUCUCUCUCUCUCUCUCUCUCUCUCUCUCUCUCAGGCUGGGUUGGUGUCAGGGGGAUGAGAGUGUAUACCUCUGGUGAUGUACAGGCUGUUAAUGGUACAGAUGUCUGGCUCAAAUGUACCUUCGAAACUUCGGCUACCAUUCGACCAGCCACCCUGGUCGUGUCCUGGAGCUUUCGACCGCUUGGCCCCGGUCACGAGGAGUCGGUGUUCUACUACCAAGAGAAGCCGUACCCGCCAAUGGAUGGACGUUUCCGGAAGAGAGCCAUGUGGGCAGGGGACAUUUUCAGCCGAGAUGCCUCCAUCAUAAUCCGCGAGGUGAAGUUCACCUAUAACGGAACCUUCAGCUGUCAGGUUAAGAAUCCGCCCGAUGUCCACGGCAACGUUGGAGAGGUCCGCUUACGAGUCGUCCACUCGUCCCCGUUCUCAGAGAUCAUGAUGCUGGCCCUGUUCAUCGGGGGAGGCAUCGUUCUCCUGCUGCUCGCUCUCGUCGUCAUCGUCCUCAUCCGUCGCCGGCGUAAAAAGCGAGAUCAGGACGCCCCCGGGGCUCGUCGGGAAUACAAAGACCCCACGAUGUGGUGA